AUGGAGGACAACUAUCUUUCCAUCUCACAAUGGGGCCUGCCUUCGGCCAAGAAACGCGCGCUACUCAUACACGGCAUCGCUUCCUCUUCUUCAUCAUGGUACCGCGUCGCGCACAUGCUCGUCGCUGGGGGCUAUCUCGUUACCGCCCCCGACUUGCUGGGCCAUGGCACAGCCCCGCACUCCCAGAAGGGACGCGUCCAAGACCUCGCCGAAGCCCUCCGACCCCUAUUCGAGUCCCCAUAUCCACCAUUCGACCUUAUCAUCGCCCACUCGCUCGGGUGUGUCGUCGCACUCGUCGCGCUCGAGUACCUCGAUGCCUCGCGCACGACGGCGGUUGUACUCGUCGACCCGCCCAUCCUGCCCGACCCGCCGCCGGACCGCGUCCCGGACGAGGAGCGCACCAAAGAGGGGAUGGACAUUGUCAGGGCGAUGUUCUUAGAGGAGGUGCUGAAUACGCCGAGCAUUGAAAGUUAUAUGCAUGCGAACCCCGGGUGGGCGAGGGAGGAUGCGGUGCUCAAGGUGCAUGGGGCACAUAUGUGUGAUCCCGAUAUCAUUGAUAGUAUUUUUGAGCAAAACUUCCCCUGGUCCUUCGCGCACCUCCUCGACGGCCUGCCUUCGCAUGUCAAAAUGACCAUCCUCGCUGCAGACCCGCAGCGACGUCCAGCGUUCUUCGUUGAAGCGGUAGAGAAGUACCGCUCGAUCCGCACUGUCGUUGUCGACGGCGCCACGCACUCCAUCCACCGCGAGUUCCCCGACGUUGUCGCAGAGACGGGACUCGAGACGGUUGCGGCCAUCGAGGCUGAGGCGCAGCAGGCGUUCAAGGGGCAAGGGACGUCGGAUGGAGAAUCUCACGAGCCCGAUGUAUCAAGGCCCGUGGAAGUCCCGAAGGUGGAGGUGACAUCACCCACUUCCCCUACCGCACACGCCGACUCCCCGCCUAACGCCCAGCCCAAGAUUACAUCUCGUUCCCCGAGCGGCCGAGCGCGUGGGCACACGCUCGCGCACGUCGACAUGGCCGGGUGGCGCACCCUCGGUGUCGAGGUGUUCAACCCCGUCACACAGACGCACGUGCGUCGUCCUUCUGCUGCGUCUCGCGAGCCGCACCCGCUGUUCGGCGGUGGCCAAUCCGAUGGGGCCGGUGCGGCGGGUAAGGAGACGCUGGAAGUCUUGCGUGAGACGAUCGCGAGCACCUAUGGCGCGAGUCUGGGCGUGCUCACGCACGAGCGUGUCUCGGAGGACAAAGCGUCGCGGGAUGGCGAGGGGGAGGAGACGGAGACGGAGGGCUCGGGACAUGUAACGCCCAAGAUAUCGGCCACUGCACGCAGCGACUCUCCGGGACGAUUUCCUUCCCAGCAAUCAAACGAGCCGGGACCCAUACCGACGCACGAGUUGAUGCGUCAGCUCUCAGUUGCCAGAGUCGGGGAAGAAACUGUGAUUGAGGUGGAAAGGGCACAGAGAUAG